AUGCCUUCAUCCCGAUCACCCACUCCGCCAUCCGCCAAUUCCCCCUCUCGUCCCGCCUCCUCCCCCGUCCCCGGCCCCCCACCCUCUUCCCUCCGCCCGCUCACGCUUCUGGCUCCCCCCUCCCCCGCCGCGCAAUUGCCUUCCGCGGGGCAACCUCCCCCCGCGCCAAUUACGCUCCUCCCAUCCCUGCGCAACCUCCCCGGUCCAUCCUUCCCCAAGUCCCCCUCCCCGCCGUCAGACGACCCACCAUGUCUCCCCGCCGACCCCGGCACCACGCUUCACUUGGUUUCCACCACCACCGCGCUCUCCCCCGCGCUGCUCCCUUCCGUUCCGCCGCCCGACCCCCCCGCGCGCCGCAUUAGCCCGCCGCUGCCCCGUCGGAUGCGCAACAUCAGGGACGCACUGGUGGGGAUCAGGGCUGACGCAGCUGAUCAAUUUGUGGCACCUGAAGCACCUGACACGGCACCUGAAGCAGCACCUGACGCGGCACCUGACGCAGCACCUGACGCGGCAACUGACGCAGCACCUGACGCACCUAUGGACAUGGAUCCGUCGCAGCAGCACCUGAGAGAGACCCGGCCGGGGGAAGGUCUCAGUGACGCGGAUCUCGACCCCCGCGCGCGCCUUAUGCGCCCGCCGGCUCCGCCGUCCGCCAGCCGUGGCGGGGCGGAAGGCGGGAUGGCGCGGGAGCGCGUGAGACUGAUGGGCGCGGUACUGCGGGCUGCGCCUGGCGCGCACGCGGCGGGCGGUGGGGCGGAAGGCGGAAGAGUAGGCGCGGGAGCAGUGAGAUUCGCGGAUGGGGUGGGCGAGGGGAACGGUCAAGCGCAAUGGCUACCGGCGGGUGGGGACGAGGGGGUGGGGGACGGGGUGGAGGACAACGAGGCGCGCCGGAAGCGCGCGCGGACGGAACGGCAGGGCGGAGAGGGCGCGGCAGGCGCGGUGGGUGAGAUGGGUUAUGGCGGGGCAUGGCGGGGGGAGCAGGAUAGGGGCGGAAGUGCGGGAUUGGGGGGAUUGCAAUAUGAGGGGCAAGGGGCUGGGCAAGGAUGGCCGGGGGAGGAUGAGCGGAAGCCGGCGCAGGAUCAGGCGCGCGAGCAGGGACAGGGGGAACAGGGGGAGCCAGGGGAGGAAGAAGGAGGGGAGGAGCAGGCUCAGGAGCAAGAGCAGGCGCAAGAGCAGGAGCGGGAGCAGGAAGGGGAGGAGGUAGGGGGGGAGGAUGAGGGGGAAGGCGCGAGCAUUCGGCAGCGGCUGCUGCAGCAGCACAGGCAGAUGCUGGCGGCGGCGCAGCACUCGCUGCUCAUGCGCGGAGGCGGGGAGGGCGCGGAGGGCGCGCACGGCGGAGUGGACCUUCUGCAGCAGCAGCGCCAGCUGCAGCGCCAGUACUUGCGCCUGCUGCAGCGGGACAUGCGCGCGCAGCUUAACAGGGGGACGCCCGGGGGAGGCAGGGGGCGGGGCGGAGCGCUGGGGGCGGACGGGCGCGCGGGUGUAGCAGGCGCAGGGGGAGUUGGGGGACAGGAGAGGAUGUGGGCGGUAGCUGGGGCCGCGGCUGGGCGGCGGGGGCAACAGGGGCAGGUGGGGCAUCAGGGACAGGUGGGGCAGCAGGCAGCAGAUACAGCUGGCAGGAUAAUAUCGUCUCCAGUCGUAGUAGCAGGAGCACCGUCGGCAGCAGCGCCAGCAGCAACGGCAGCAGCGGCAGCAGCGCCAGUGCGGGCAGUUUCCCCCCCAGGCGGCGUGAGAGGCGAGGCGGCGCAGCGGGUGGCGGCAGGGGGGUGGCGGCGGGACGUGCUGGGGGACGGGGUUGCGCGCGCGGAUGCAAGGCGGGCAGGCAGCGGUGUGGAUGAAGGGGCUGGAGAGGAGGCAGGGGCGGAGGCGGAGGGGGCGGCGGAGGCUGAGGGGGAAGGGGAAGCGGGGUGGGAGCAAGGAGAGGGGCGGGAUGACGGGGGAGAGGGCAUGGGCGCGGAGGUGUGGAACGAGCCAGCUGCUGCGGGGUGGGGGCAAAUGAUGGGUGAGACCCGCGCAGCAGUGAUGGGCGAGACCCGCGCAGCAGUGAUGGGCGAGACCCGCGCAGCAGUGAUGGGCGAGACCCGCGCAGCAGUGAUGGGCGAGACCCGCGCAGCAGUGAUGGGCGAGACCCGCGCAGCAGUGAUGGGCGAGACCCGCGCAGCAGUGAUGGGCGAGACCCGCGCAGCAGUGAUGGGCGAGACCCGCGCAGCAGUGAUGGGCGAGACCCGCGCAGCAGUGAUGGGUGCUGCAAGGCCACUGGUGGGUGAGCCUGCGCGGGCGGCGGAGGGGUGGUUCCACCCGGUUGUGCAGGCGGAUAUACGGCGCAGGGCGCAGCAAGGGGGUGCCGCUGCUGGCGCAGCUGCAGGUGGCGCUGUUGGUGUGGCUGGUGCUGCGGGCGGUGGUGAUGCUUAUGGUGGUGGUAAUGGUGGUUUCGAGGAGGAGGCAGGAGAAACGGGCUGGGGGGAGCGCGAGGGAGCAAGGGUGGCGCAUGGGGCGCAUGGGGGGGCACAUGGGGCGCAUGGGGCGCAUCCCGCGCCUGCUGUACCCUCAGAGCGUGUGCUUGUAACGGGGCCGUUCCUCUUUUCGACGCAGCAGCUGGGGGGGCGCGCGGAAGAGGGGCUCCGCAGCAACUCUAACGUUUGUGCGCCCCCCCGCGCGGGGGGCAUGGGCGCAGGCGUGGGGGAGCGCACGGGGAGCUCGCUGGACGAGACUGAGGAAUCGGAGGGGAGUGGCGGAGGCGCGGGGGAAGGGGGAGGCGGAGGGGGAGGGGGAGGGGGAAGGGCGCGGGAGACGGAGAGGGAGGAGUUGGGGAGAGGAGAGGGGGGAGGGAGGGGCAGGGCGGGGCAGGGGAGUCGGUUGGCGGUGGUGUGCGGGGUGGCGCGAGGGGGAAAGGGGGAAGGGAGGCAGAUGGGAGGCAGGGAUGCGGAGCAACGGAAAGCGGGGGAGGGGAGAGUGCAGGGCGGCAAUGCGUCAGGCAGUGGCGCAGGUGGCGCUGGUGGUGGCGGAAGGGCGGCUGGCGCUGCUGGCGCAGGUGGUGAUGUGGGCAUUGGUCAUGGCGGAGGGCCAACAGCGGCAGGCCGGGCAGGAGUGGCAGCAGGGGUAGCAAUGCCGCAGGCGCCACUGGCAGCAGGCCCCAGGCAGCUGCAGCAGCAGCAGCAGCAGCAGCAGCAGCAGCAGCAGCAGCAGCAGCAGCAGCAGCAGCAGCAGCAGCAGCAGCAGCAAUGGCAGCAGCAACCGCAGCAACAGCAGCACUGCCACGAGCCUUUGCCGCCACCGCCACCCCCACAUCAGCAGUUGAGGCAAACGCAUGGGAUGGUGGAGAGAGGAGCAGCAGGCGGGGCAGCAGCAGCAGCAGCAGCAGCAGCUGUUGCUGCUGGUGCGCCUGGGAGAGGCAGAGAUGGAGGCCCAGCCACUCUACCCACCACCGCCCUCUCCUCCGCACUUCAACCACCCUUCCUCCGCCACCCUCCUCCCCACCUCCCCCACACACCAUCCGCACCCGCCACUCUUCAACCCCCAGCCCCUCCCCCCGUCCGCGCUGCAGCAACCCCCUCCCCUCCGCCCCCGCACCUCCCCUCACCACCCGCCAUGCCGCCUCCCAGGCUGGACCCACCAGCAGCCGCGCCUCAACCCAGGGUAGACUCGUCCUCUAUCACACCUCAACCGUUACUGUCGCUGCGGCGCUGGUUGAACCGGGCAGGCAGGGAGGUGGAUAGGCUCGAGAGCCUGUUCCUGUUCGCGCAGGUGGUGGACAUGGUCGCUGCCGCCCACACGCAGGGCCACGUGGUUCGCCACGUGCGGCCGGCGUGCUUUGUCCUGUCCGCGCACCGAAGGGUGGUGUACCACCCGCCAUUCCUGCGGGCGCGAGCCGGGGAGGCGGGGGAGGGGGAAGCGGGGGAAAAGGAGGGGGAGAUGGGGGAGAUGGGGGAGGAUGGUGGUGGAGGGCAGGCGCGGCUGCAACAGCAGCAGCAGCAACAACAGGAGGAGGAGCAGCAGCAGCAGCAACAGCAGCAGGGAUGGCGGCAGCAAGAGGAGGGGGGCGGGGGCGGAGGGGCAGCAGAGGGGGCAGUGACGUGGAGGGAGCAGCAGGCGGAGGCAUGGCAGCGGGCAAUGCUGCAGGAGCAGGGGGAGGAGGGGAUGGUGGCGCAGGGGCAUCUGGGGCAGAGGCAAGUGGGAGGGAGGGGGGGGCGAGCAGCAGCAGGGCGGGGCAUGGCAGGGCAGCAGCGAUUAACCCCCGGUGCUGGAGGGGCAGAGGCAGGAGAACGAGGAGGAGGGGACAUGCAGUGGGGAGGGGAAGGGGGAAGGGCAGGGGGAGAGGGGGGGAGGGCGGAGGAGGAGGAGGUGCGGUGGUACACGUCACCGGAGGAGGCAAGGGGCGACCCUGUGGGGGCGGCGUCUGACGUGUUCAAGCUGGGCGUGCUGUUCUUCGAGCUCUUCUGUCCCUUCACCAGCGCCACGGAGCGAAGCAUGAUCAUGGCGGACCUCUGCCAUCGCAUCUUGCCGCCGCGCCUGCUCUCCCAUCGCCCCAAGGAGGCUGCUUUCUGUCUCUGGCUGCUGCACCCGCAGCCCGCCGCACGCCCCACUGCCUCGGAGGUGCGCAGCAGUCAACUUCUGGCAGAUGUAGCGAGCAUGUUCGCCCACAGGGGGCAGCAGGCGGGCCUAGAGGCACAGGAGGCGGAGUGCGACGUUCUGCUCGCCUUCCUCUCGCGAAUCCACCUCGCCAAGCAGUCUGCCGCCCAGAAACUCGCCCUGGAUCUUGGGCGGCUCACUGGGGACAUCCACGAGGUGCACCGCAGGCGGGCGGCGGUGAUGGGCGGCCAGCAGGCGCACGGGCGGCACGUGCACGGGCAGCAGGGGCAAGGGCGGCAGGUGCACGCACAUGGAUCGGGGCAGUCUCAGAGGCAGCAGGGGCAGUCUCAGGCGCAGUCUCAGCCGCUCAUGCUGCCGGCCCCGUCAGCACAGACGGUAGAGGAGCGGGAAGGCGGCAGAGGGGGUCGCAGGGAGGGUGGCUGGGAGGGUGGGAGGGAGGGUGGGAGUGACAUGAGCGGAGGGGCAGAGAGGGACCUGUGGGGUGCCUUUUCCCCUCGCUCCCCCCGCCCUGGGCUCAUCCCAGGCUCUCAUGCCGCUGCUACUGCUGCUGCUGACAUGAGUGGAGUGGUGAGCAUGGGUGGGGGAGGGCGAGAGACGAGAGGGAGGUGGCCGGCAGGUGAAGCGGAGGAGGCACGAGAAGGGGCACGGGAAGGGGCACGAGAAGGGGCACGAGAGGGGGCACGGCAUUUCCCUUCAUCUGUUCCUGCCGGUGCUGCUGGCGUUACUGCUGCUCCAUUCGGCAUGGGACGGCCGCGGGGGGCGAGGAGGAGCGUGCGGUUACUGCGUAACCUGGACCGGUUGGAAGAGGUGUAUUUCGCCAUGCGCUGGAGAGUAGAGGCGGCCAAUGGGGGACCUGUCGGGGCAGCAGCACCUGCUUCGACUGCUGCUGGGGGGGCAGUGUUUGGUGCAGGACGGGAAGCAGCAGGUGGGGCAGCAGCACCAGCAACAGCAGCAGGGAGAGCAGGAGGACCCAUGGCAGCACCACAGCAGCAGCAGCAGCAGCAGCAUCUGCACGAGCAGCAGCAGGGAGGCGCGGAGGGCAGCAGGGACCUACUGGGCGAGUUCUUCGACUCGCUGUGCAAGUUCGCCCGCUACUCGCGCUUCGAGGUGCGCGCCACGCUGCGCCACGCGCACCUCCUCAACGCGGCCUCCAUGGUCUGCUCCCUCGCCUUCGACCGCGACGCGCAGUUCUUCGCCACGGGCGGCGUCUGUCGGCGCAUCCGGAUCUUCGAGUGCGAGAGCGUGCUGGCCGGGCGGCGAGUGGACGUGCACUAUCCGGUGGUGGAGAUGGGGUGCCGGGCCAAGCUGUCGUGUGUGAGCUGGAACGGGUAUAUCAAGAACCGGCUUGCUUCAGCGGAUUAUGACGGGGUUGUACAGGUGAGCAGUGGGGGUGGAGAAGGGGAACGUGCGUGCAUGACACCAAGUGGACGUGCGUUACCCCGUGGUGGACAUGGGGUGCCGGGCGAGGCUUUCUUGUGUGAGCUGGAACGGGUAUAUCAAGAAUUGACUCGCCUCUGCUGA